GUGGCCUUCCCUGAGGAGGGACCAUCCCGGCGAGAACGGCGGGUACUCAGUCGCCUCCUCCCCAGCACUGACCCAUGCAGCCUCCAAACUCUGGGUCCCCAACACGGACUUCGAGGUCGCAGCCAACUGGAGCCAGAACCGCACCCCGUGCGCCGGCGGCGCCGUCCAGUUCCCGGCGGACAAGAUGGUGUCAGUCCUGGUGCGCGAAGGUCAUGCCGUCUCAGACAUGCUCCUGCCGCUGGAUGGGGAACUCGUCCUGGCUUCAGGAGCCGGAUUCGGCGUCUCAGACGUGGGCUCGCACCCGGACUGUGGCGCGGGCGACCCUGCGGUCUACGGCGACUCUGACCGCUUCUCCUGGCAUGACCCGCACCUGUGGCGCUCCGGGGACGAGGCACCUGGUCUCUUCUCCGUGGACGCCGAGCGCGUGCCCUGCCGCCACGACGACGUCUUCUUUCCGCCCAGUGCCUCCUUCCGCGUGGGGCUCGGCCCUGGCGCUAGCCCCGUGCGUGUCCGCAGCAUCUCGGCUCUGGGCCGGACGUUCACGCGCGACGAGGACCUGGCUGCCUUCCUGGCGUCCCGCGCGGGCCGCCUACGCUUCCACGGGCCGGGCGCUCUGAGCGUGGGCCCCGAGGACUGCGCGGACCCGUCGGGCUGUGUCUGCGGCAACGCGGAGGCGCAGCCGUGGAUCUGCGCGCAUCUGCUCCAGUCCCUGGGCGGCCGCUGCCCCCAGGCCGCCUGCCAUGGCGCCCUCCGACCCCAGGGGCAGUGCUGUGACCUCUGUGGAGCUGUUGUGUUGCUGACCCACGGUCCCGCGUUCGACCUGGAGCGGUACCGGGCGAGGAUUCUGGACACCUUCCUGGGCCUGCCUCAGUACCAGGGGCUGCAGGUGGCCGUGUCCAAGGUGCCACGCUCGCCCCUGCUCCGCGAGGCCAAUACGGAGAUCCAGGUGGUGCUGGUGGAGACCGGGCCCGAGACGGGCGGCGCCGGGCGGCUGGCCCGGGCCCUCCUGGCGGACGUCGCCGAGCACGGCGAGGCCCUCGGCGUCCUGGAGGCGACCAUGCGGGAGUCGGGCGCACCUGUCUGGGACGGUUCCGCGGCUGGGCUGGCGGGAGGCGUGGCGGCUGCGCUGCUGCUGGCGCUGCUGGUCCUGCUGUUGGCGCCGCCGCUGCUGCGCCGCGCGGGGAGGCUCAGGUGGAGGAGGCGCCAGGAGGCGGCCCCGGCCGGGGCGCCCCUCGGAUUCCACAACCCGGUGUUCGAUGUGAAGGCCUCCGAGGAGCUGCCCCUGCCGCGGCCGCUCAGCCUGGUUCCGAAGGCGACCGCAGACAGCACGAGCCACAGUUACUUCGUCAACCCGCUGUUCGCCGGGGCUGAGGCCGAGGCCUGAACGGCCGCCUGACAGUCAAAUUUGGGGCUCCCCACCCCCUCUGGCCCCAGAACCUCCCCGAUCCCAGUCGAUCUGGGGGCUAGCCACCCCGUCGUCCAGCCCCCAAACCUCCCCUUCCUUACCCCCUCCUCCGGAAGCCAAGGACAGGGUGGCCUUACUCAAUAAAGGUGUUUCCUGCACCUGCUUCAGCCUGGACAUGCUGCCCCUGGCCCCGCCCAUGAGGACUGGGAGCCCAGUCUUGCGCCCCAGUCGCACCGGGGAACAUGGGAAGGGUCUAGCUGGCUACUGCUGGAGGCAGCACUGGUCACCACCUGGGCGGCCAGAGGCUGGGGUCUGUGAAGGUGAACCCAGGACUAGGAGGGGGGGGUCUUCCCCGCCUUCCGGUGGAGGGAGGGUGAGGAGCUGGAGGGAGGGGUGGGAGAGAGGCAAGGGGUGGAGGGAGCCAAAGGCUAUGCCUGGUGGGGCGGACGGAAAAGGGGUGGGCACCCCUUCUGACACCAAGUUGCUGGAUGCGUCACACUGCGAAGGCAGAUCAUAUGGGGUCACCCAUGUGCAAGCGUGUACCACUGCACUGACAGACAAGGGCCUGACCCUAUGUGUGCAGCUGCAACUGUGGCACAGUGACCACUUCUGUGAAACCAGUAUCUGGGGCUGGAGAUGUCACCGGCAUCCCCAGUCAGGGCCUGGCCCCCACUCGGAAUCUUCUGCCCAAGGGCCCAGCUUAGCCACCAGGACACGUGCUGUAACUCAGAUCAGGGCGCCAUGCUGCCAGGCGCAUCUGUGUUGUGGUUGGAAAGAGUCACUCUGUGUGCUGUGCGGUGUCCCACUGAGUGACCACCACAGUUCACGCGUGUGCUCCAACAGCUACCAUCUUGCAUUUAAAGAAGUGGCCGACACUCCCACAGGCACUUUUCAGCCACAAUUUUCUUUCGUGUCAGGUGCAAACUGGAGAGCAAGCCUGAGCUGACCGGACAUCACCUGCCGCCCGCUGCUCACGCCACUCAUAGAUGCGACGGUGCUGGCAGGGACCUACCCUGGUGUGGACUAUGGAAGGAGAGAUGCUCUGGGCUUCCAGGGGAGCUGCUUGCUGCAGCAGCAACCCACGCCAUGCUGCCUGGCACAGAGCUGCAAGGUCCCAAGUGCCCCCGCUGGGUGCUCGGCUGCCUGCCCUGGCUUGCAGUCUCCUCCCCGGUCCGCACUCUUCUGCAGGGGCCGGCACUGCCCUUAUCCUACCAAGGACAACUAGGUCUCAGUGAGUGGCAAAUAAAAGCCAACUGCGUGCAUAACUCGGGAAACUGACUCCGAGCAACCUCUCAACCAGGGACCACUCACCCUGACCCAGGCCUCCCCGAGAGCUCCUGCCUCUUCCUGGGGCCUCUGGCCUGCCCCAUCCUGUCCCUUGGGGCUGCUGGCGAGGUUAGCGUGUAUGGGUGUGGACAUAAAGACCCUCCCGGGCAGCUCCCUCCUGGGGCCCUGGCGCUGCCUGGCUGGGGCUCACAGGCACGCCGCCUUCCUCCCACCCUUCACUCCUGCCCCAAGGACGCCCUCUGCCCAGACUGAAGACACCAACAGCAACCUUUUGUGUGACCUCCGAGUGAGUGACCCAGAAUAGCUUCUGCUGGCCAGGUGAAGCUUCACUGCCUUCUGGAGCUCAGCCACUUCUGGGGCUCAGACACACGGGUGACACGUUAUCACAUCCAGACGGACCACCGGGAACUUUAAAACUGCCGUCUUCUGCUUUAUUGACAGGUAAAUUGUUCAAAAAUGUUCUCACGAUUCAAUAAUUACAAAGACUCAGACUUACAUUAAAAAAGUAAAAACCAGAACCCCCCAGGUGCCCAUCCAGCAGAAGGCCCAGGAGGGCAGUGGGGUGGCAGGGCUAGGCGGUGCUGGGCCACUCAGUGCUGACUUGGGGAAGUGCACGUCCUGAACAGCCUUGCCAAGCAGCCGACCGGUGGGAGAACAGGGGAAGCCUGGCCCAAGCUGUGGACAAGCUGUGUCUGCCGCCACAGUUAAUCACAAGCCUCUGACGACACAGGGCCACAGAGCUGGUCACUCAACAUCUGGUACAAAGAAGGGUGAGGUGACAUCCCCGCGCAGGGCACUGCUGUGCCGCGGGCCGGGGCCAGUGUGCAGGGGUGUGUUUGGUGGGUCUACGUGAUCACACGGGCUACUAACCACGGGGGCUCCAUGCAGGGGGAGGGCCGGGGGGGGGGGGGGCGACGGGGGGUUUUCCAGUGGCUGCUUCAUGGCACCCUGGGGCUCUGACUCCUCUCAGCCCAGCAGGCCACAGGGCCUGCCUGCACCACGACACUCGCUGGUUUUAUGGCAGGGGGCGGAAGCCGUGGAAGCGAGUGGAAAGCAGAGAGCACAGCUGACUUCACAGUAGGAGAUACUGGUGACACUUGAUGGCUGCGACCCAGAAUGAACUUAGCACACUCAGGGACGCAGGGUGUCACUGGUCCUGGGCCUCUGUCCAUGACUAGGUGGUCAGCAGGACUUCUGCAGCUGACUGCAAUGGCUAAAUGAAAAAAAGGCCACAAACUAACCUCCACUUUCCUCUGUCUUCAAAAUUCUAGUGACACUGGGAAUGCUAUAUGACCUCCUACUAUUCUCCUAAGGUCCUAGGGAAGUUUGAGGAACUAGGGAAAAGACUGGGUACUGAGGCUGUGUCCCCACAUGUCUGCUUCCGAAGCAGCCGCGUCAUGACGGGUUUCUGCUGAGGAAGUGGCGUAGGCAGGGCCCCACACGCCUUCUCGGGUUGUCAGGGGUGGGAGAGAGGCUGUAUGGGGGUCCUUCAUGUGCAGACGGAACAGUGUCGCCUCAGCUGUGCAGACGAACAGAUGUGGUCUACUGCCACGAACAAUGCGGCAUAAAACUGAUCAAUAUUACAAUAAAGAUUUGUCUUCUUCAUCUCCA